GCUGUCCUCGGCUCGCUCGAUCGAGAAUACGUGCAGUGAGUGAAACCGCUUUGCAAUAGGAUUUACUUGAAAUUUCCGGGAUAGCUCCGUGUCAAUGUUUACAUGAUAUUUAGGAUGGGAACAACCUUUUAUGAUUUUCCUGAGACAGGAGUGUGGAAUUGUGCUCAGCCAGUGGCUAGGAUUGUGUAGUGGAAAACGUCCCUGUCUCAAAACAAGUACCACAACAAUGCAGAAUUUCAAUUAAUGGUGAUUUUUCCACCGUGUAAAGUAUGCAUCUAAAACUUGAAUGGUGGGGUUCAAAAGGAGACGUCACUUAACCGGACUGGCUGUGCGCGAUUGCAAUUUCAUUCCAGUCUCGGCACACUGUUUUGUUGGUAACCACUAUCUUUGAUAUUCAAAGUGUAUGAGUGUGUUCAAUUAAAAGUCUGCUUUCAAGAUAAUGAAUAUAUGGAUAACUAUGUAGGUGUGCAUAGCUCACCUGCAUGUGCCACGUACCACUAGCUUAUUUGGUGUAGUAGAAUGGCACAACGAGGGAAGAGAGUCAAUAGAAACGACAAUGAUUUGGCGUCUUGUCCAGGCGCGAUUAAAAGGCGUAAAUGCAGAUUGGGUCCCGCUGCCACAGGUUCAUCGGCCCUGCCAGCAGCAACGGGGCCUUCAGAAGAGGAGGAAACGAUGGCGUCGUCCAGUCAAGGGGGGGCAUCCUGGACCCCCCGACCUGUCAGUGACAUUAAAAUUUCAAGUAUAUACAAUCGAUCAGCUGCUGAGGCCCCAGCAGAACUGUUUCGUAAAGAUCUGAUCAGUGCUAUGAAAUUACCGGAUAGUGAACCAUUAAGUCCAAAUGAGUACUGGGUUAUUACUGAUCAGUGGAAACAGGAAUGGGAAAGAGGUGUUCAAGUACCUGUCAAUCCAGAUUCCCUUCCUGAGCCAAUGGUUACUGUUACACAAACAUCUCCUUUGAAAUUACAUGGUGAAUUCAAAUUACCUAAAAAAUUUAUAAGAAUAUCCCGAGAUGAUUAUUUCAAUCCUGAAGAUCAUCAUUUAAGUACUACACCUGCACGAGCAGAGAAAGCUUGUGCUUAUGAUCUAGAUGAUACAGAUAUUGCUUGGUUAGAUGUAUUGAAUGGUGAAAGAGCGCAGGCUGGUCAGUUACCUAUCACCGAAUCCGAGCUGGAGCGUGUAAUAGAAGAGUUAGAACUACGGUGUUGGGAAAGAAUACAAACUAUCGUAAAAAAUGAAGAAGGUCUUGGAAUUGAAUAUGAUGAAAAUGUUAUUUGUGACGUUUGUAGAUCCCCUGAUUCUGAAGAAGGAAAUGAAAUGGUGUUCUGUGAUUGUUGCAAUAUAUGUGUGCAUCAAGCAUGUUAUGGUAUUACUUCAAUACCAGAUGGUUCAUGGUUAUGCAGAACUUGUUCCUUAAGUCAACGACCAGACUGUGUUCUGUGUCCAAACAAAGGAGGUGCAAUGAAAUGUACACGUAGUGGACAAAAGUGGGCUCAUGUUUCGUGUGCACUUUGGAUACCAGAAGUCAGCAUUGGAUGCGUAGAAAGAAUGGAACCAAUUACGAAAAUAUCCAGUAUUCCGCAAAGUCGUUGGGCUCUUAUUUGUGUAUUGUGUCGUGAACGUGUGGGUGCAUGUAUACAGUGCAGCAUAAAAACAUGUAAAACAGCGUAUCAUGUUACUUGUGCUUUUAAAUAUGGUCUUGAAAUGAAAGCAAUUAUUGAAGAUGAAAUGGCUGAUGAUGGUGUCAAAUUAAGGUCUUAUUGUCAGAAACACAGUAGAACAAAUACGAAAGAUAAAGUUGGCGUUGGAGGAAAUAUUGGAAAUAACAGUGGUAAUGGUGGUUCAGAUUCUGAAGAUGGUGAAUCCAGAAGACGCAAACGCAAGGAUAUGACUUCGGAAGAAAAGAACCAAGCUCGUGCAGCAAAGUUGCAGGAAAUAGAAGCUGAAUUUGAUAAACACGUAUGUCUAAAAGAUAUUGUAUCGCAACAAUUGGAUGUAGAUACAGACGCCAUUAUAUACAUUUAUAAUUAUUGGAAGCUAAAACGAAGGGCUGGUCACAAUAAACCGUUAUUGGCACCACGUUGCGGUGAAUUGUCAAGUGCUGGAGCACGUGCUCAAGGCCAAGCAGCAGAUUUGGAAAAAAUGCGUACGUUCGUGCAGCUCCGACAAGAUUUAGAACGUGUCAGAAAUCUAUGCUACAUGGUUGGUAGACGCGAGAAACUGUGUCGUUCUUUCUUGAGGUUACGUGAACAAACAUUUCAUAAGCAAUCGUUGAUAUUGUCUGGACCUCCGCUACCACCAGCUGUAGCUGCAUCCGUAUUAGCAGCUAAUCAUGGACCAUCAAUAUAUGAUCGUUUAUAUUCCCAUCCUGAUUCAGAGGAAUACACACGUGAUAUCGACACAUUAGUUGCAAGAAUUGCAGGAAUUAGAUCGCCCACUCCAGUGUCCAGUAAUGAAAAGAAAGUACAGCCAGAUUUUAAUGGUGCAUCUAACAAGAAGAUGUACUUCAAUGGUUCUGUUAGAAAGAAAAGUUUAUAUGGUAGUGACUUAUCUUCUAUGAGCAGUAGUGAGCCAGAUGUAAUAAAAAGUACUGUGAAGGCAUCAAAUAAAUGUUCAAAUAAGUCGAAAAAUUUUAAACUCGAGAGCGAUUCGAGCACAGAGGACGAAAUAAACUCUCCAAAGUCUAAAACAGCUAGACGCAAAGCCAAGAAAUCUGGUGUUCAAGAUAGAACUCGUUCGUUGCUUCAAGAAAGUAGUGAAAGUGAUAAAUUGGAUACUGUGAAUAAUAGAUCUCGUACGUUACAACAUAUGGAAAAAGAACUUGGUAGUGCAUCAGGAAGUGAGAGUGAUGAGUUGUUGCCUUUAAACACUAAUUCAGCAACGCGUCUAGGACCUUCUGUAGCUUCUGCAAUAUAUUCGGAUACAGAUUCAGAUUCACAAGAACAUGCUUCUCAUUCUGCUGUACUUAUAACUAAAGCUGCAGUUAAGGAAUUUUCGGCAGCAGACAUAUCGAAAAAUUCUCAGAAGAGCUUUACGUGCAAGGACACAAAACAGGAUUACGUGGACGAUUCAACCAAAAACAAAGAGAAUGUAAAGAGCGCAAAGAAAAAAGAAUAUAUUCCUUCGGCUCUUAUAGUACCUCAAAGACAAGCUGCGAAAAAAGCUUCCGAAAUCAUGCAAAGAUCGCAAGCUAAGAGGGACAAUCUAACAACGGAAUCUAUAGAAUUUGUUAAAUCACCCGGUGAAGAAACAAAAUCUACGAAACAAACGAAAGAGAAACCAUCUGGUAAGAAACAAAAAGAUAAUAAAACGAAUAAAGAUCAAACAAAGAGUAACGAUGUAUAUGAUUUUGAUAAAGAGUUUGGCGAUGGUAUGGAAAUUCUUGCUUACGUACCGCAAAGACAAGCUGCGAAAAAAGCGGCUGAACAUAUAAAAAGCGGUAUGGGUACAAAAAUCGUCCAAUCUGAUGCGGAAAUGUUAGACGUUAAGCUAAAGAAAGAUUCACCGGAAAGCGGGAAAAAGAAAGAAAACAAGAAGGAAGAAUCACCUAAGAAAGAAGAGACAAUUAGGAAGGAAACUAAGGAAGAAGUAUCUAAAAAACCGAAAAAAUUACCAGAGUGCAAAUAUUUAUCUUCUGUAUUAUCAAGUAAUAGCGAAAGUAGCAGCAGCAGUAGUUGUAGCAGUUCUUCUGAAAGUAGCAGUGAUACGGACGAAAGUAAAAGUCCUACGCAACAAAUUCGAAGUUCUGUUAAAGAUCAAGCGUCUUCGUCUAAUACAUCUUCUGAAAGUGAUACAGCCAAUCAAUCCAAGAAUAAGGCUGUAGUGAAACGACAAUUUGUUAAAUCAGUAGACGAGCCUAUUCAAUCUGAGAAGAAAAAGGUUAUAGGACGGAAACUCAAGAAGCUGCCCGAUAAGAAGCUUAAAACUUCCGACGGGCGGCAUGGACCAGAGUUUCAGCCGCCGUCUACUGAAAGAGAAGAAUCAAGCGGAACCUCAAUCUCUAAGGAACAACUUCAACAACAUCAGCAACAACAACAACAACAGCCAGAUGAAUCACAACAACAAACAAUUAACAAAAAAGCAGAUCAAAGAGAGUCAUCAAAGAAAUCCGGAAUAUUACAACCACAACCAUCAACUGACCAAAAUCUGUUUAGUGGGUCUCGAAAUAAUGAUGGGUCACGAAAUCUUUCUGGGUCCAAAUCUAUCAAGAAGUCCAAUCAAAUCAUUAAGCAAUCAGAACAACCACCUAUCAAGAAUAAAGAAGACAAUAGUACAGGAUCUAGGACAAAAUCAGAUACUCGUAAACGAAAAUCUACUGAGAUUCCGUCAAAGGAUGACAAAAACGUUAAAGAAGCAUCUUCCCUUAGAAAAGGUGAGAAAAGAUUGACCGAAAAACCAACUAAAGAGAUUGAAAAAGAUAUUAAUAAAGAUAUUUCUAAAACGGUUACGUUAGAUUCUAUAAAGUGCGUUGAAAGUACCUUAAAGGCGGACGAUAAAAAAAUCAAAAAACCUAGUAAUAAAAAUGCAGUGAAUACGUUAGAGGAAGAAAUGAAGCAGCGUCGUGCUGAAAGAGACAGUCCGAAGAAAUCGCUAAAAGGAUUGGAUAAACUUCUUGAGAAACGUGAACAUAUGGACAAAUUAUCAAAAACUAAGAAUACAGAGAUAAAGAUAGAAAAGACAAUAUGUAACGAACAAAGUAAUAUGAAAGGAUCCGUUCAAGAAAAACUUCCCUUAAACGACACGAUAAAGAGCGAGGAUCACAAAAAUCACAUAAGUGAGGAUAAAAUAAUCGUGGAUAAGCCAAAAUCAGAGGAAAUCUCAAUUAAAAAUGAUAUUACCGAGAUAUCGCACGAAAAGUUUGCGGAUAGAAAAAGUAAAAGCGAGGAUAAAAUCGAAAGUAUGCCUAUCACUGAUUCUUGUGAAACUCGAUUAGCCAUCGAAGAGACGUCGACAAAAGAAGGAAGAGAUGAUGUCUUUUCAAAGCCAACUCUUGAUAAAAUUGCAGUUUCUGAAAAUGUGGAGAAAGAAGUUAAUAAAAGAAAGAAAUCUAGCAAUCGUUCAAUAUUUUCACCGCAACAUGGUAGCAAAGAUCCUAGCGUGUCAGAACUAUUUGAUUUCGAUCAAGACAUAUUAACGGAUGACAUGGUAAACGACGACGGCUUUAAUAUUCCUCGUGAUGCCGAAGAAAGAUCAGCACCGUUAACAUUCUCUUUUAAUAACGAGCUAUGGUUUAAAGAAGAUUCAAAGGAGGAUAGUGCCCGAGAGACAUUACAUUUAGUGGAAAAACUACGUAUGGAGCUAUCGAAAAAAUCGAAUUCUAGUCAGUUCGAGCUAGAACCUGUCACCGUAGAAGACGACAUAAAGAAGGAGGAAACGCAAGUCGAAAAGGCGGUAGAUCAAAUUCCUGAGGAAAAUGAGGUGAAGAUCUUAGAGACGGAAACUGUACCUGUGCAAGAAAUGAAGGAUACUGAGGAGCUUGCUCGAACGUCCGACGAUAUUGCUUGCAAAAAUCAUGUGACCGAGGAGAAACGAAAAUUAUGCUAUACGAACAACAGCGAUCAUUAUGUAUCGUACAAUAACGAGGAUCUUGAAACUUCAAAAGUAACUGUAGUCGAGCGUGCUAAGUUGGACAGAGCCGAAGCGGAUGAACGAUGGGUGCCGCCGAGUAUAGAGAAUUUUAAUCCUGCGGAUGUGCAUCUAAACACAUUAAUGGAUAAUCAAAAUCACCGUUAUGGCAAUCAUCAAUUUACAAACGAUAUUGCGAACGUAUUACCGGAAAGCAAUUCCGAUACGUUGGUACAUUCUCAGUUGAACAUGAACAUGCAAGAACAAUAUCUUUUGCAACAGACUCAUUCCAUGGUCCGCGCUGCUCAACAUUUGGAACCACAUGCAGAGAAUCGAGCACAAUCUAUGGCAGUAAUGGAACAACAAGUGACAGGGAUAUCCACGCAAAUGGUUGACGAAAUAACACCGAUGGAAAUGGUGAACAGACAUCUCAUAGGUCUACCAAAUUCAGAGGACGAUCAAGGAAGCGAAAUGGAUCGAGUAUUGGAGAAGGAAGAGAUGUCAUCGGAUAUGAGACAGGAUUAUGUUCAAAAUGGUUCCCCGUACAAUGAGAUGAACGCUUCACGGCAGGAUACUCGUUGGGCUGAGAGUCAAGUAUUACCAUCGCGAAGAUCGACAUCUUCGUCGAUCACGUCGGCCUCAUCUGGUGAGGAUCAUACUGCGAUUCCUCCGUACAAGAACAUACCACCUAUGCCAUUCCCAGCGUGUUCAGCAAUGGACGCUGCGGCGUAUCACGCUUAUUCCGAAGCGAAUUCUUAUGCCGGUCCUGUUUCUCUCUUUCCUCCUCAACCAUGCAGCGCUCCAUUACCAUAUCCAUCACCAGGCACGGCUAUGUUUCCACCACCUUUCGGUGCACCUUUUCCUACUCCGCAAUCUUUGUUAUCGCACGUACCGAAACCAUUGGAAGAGUCGUUGAACAUGCAGGCAUCGCCAUGUACCGCCGCCUUCACUUCGUCUUCUCACAACAUGGCCUUGACUGCAGCGAUGGUAUCACCUACGAAAGUACCAACACCACCACCUCAAUCGGCACAGCCGUCGCUUGAGACGGAACAUGAGCCACCUCAAUUACAACAGGACGCGAAUGUAUCUGUGAUGCCACCGAUGAUCCCAUCUUUCCUUGAUAGCACGACGACAACGGUAACGGCAGCAGCUGUAGUAACGACAGCAACGACUACUUCGACACCUAUGUCAACGGCUAUGUCGACGACGAUGUCACCUGCACCACUGGCGACGGUGACCACAGCAUCGACGACGUUGACGCCAACGGUACAAGUGAGCGAAGCCGCCGCUGCCGCCGUUGCAGCUGUGACUGCUGCUGUUGCAGCUGUCGAAAAUGCUCAGGAAGUUCAGGUUGAUAAUAAAACGGUAACAGUACCACAACAAUCCGGCAAGAAAUCGCCAUCCAAACCGACGAGAACGUCUGCCAGAGUAACCUCUCUUCAAGGCAAAUCUCCUGGAAAAUCACCGAGGCAUGGAGAGACUAUCAAGAGUACUUCCGUUAGUAGUGGUGGUCCACGUGGUCGUGGUCGUGGAGCAAAGGCCGGACAACAGCAACAGUCGGGUUACAGAAAUCGUGGUCGCGGACGAGGUAGAGGUCGAGGUAGAAACAAUCAGGCCUCUAACAUCGGCAUACUCUCGACGUUCCCCUCGAAUGCUAUGCACAACGACGAUUCGAUUCAGAACAAGCUUGUCGGUACAGUCUACGAUUUUGAUUCCGAUGAGGAUUCAACAAACGAGACUAACAUCGCGGACUUGCGAACAAUGCGCGAAAGGAAGAAAUCUACGGACAUCGGAGGUGAAAAGAGAGGUGAAGGAUCGCUGCUGAUGACUAAUGACGGAAUACACCAAUCUCGUCUCUCUAGUCCGAGUACUUUACAUAAGAAAUACGCCGACGAUAAGAGACUAUCGUCACCAGCGAUGCACGAUGCUAACGUGGCAAGUGGAGUCGUUGCUGGUGCUGGUGGCAGCGGUGCUGUCAGUGUUUCUGCUGUAAUCGGCAAUGUGACAGCAGCUGCGGCCAUUGCCGAAUCCGAAUCGAAUGCUGGUCAAGUGUUUGCCGAUACUGUCUUGCCCUUGCUUCCAGGUCCAGUCGAUAUGCGAACUUAUAACUCAAACGUCGACGCUCCUAGUUCGUCCUUGAGCCAUUCUCAAUCCUAUACAAAUCAUCUUCUCAGCUCGUUUGCCGCUGGUGUCUCCACGGAUUCGGCAUUACCCGAUAUCGAGGAGGACAUCGAGAAGGAGCUCCAAUCUGCUUUAAUCGCUGGUAGCAAACAACAAGCCGAUCCUUCCUCGAAAGCUAAUUUCAAUAACCCUAGCAUAGAUGCUGUAAUGGCAUCUUCGUCGAACUUCAACGAAGCCAACAAAGUUUCCCUCUCUGACUCUCGCAAUCAGUUGAAAGUUAAAAUCAAAGGUCCAUUCCUUGACGCAAAUUACGUCCCGGCAUCGUCAGUACCACCAUUGGCACAACAGGCACCAGUAAUCAUAACACCUGCUGCUACCAGUGCGUCAGUUGCCUCUGGAACAUCGAAUCUUCGAAGGAUGCGUAAAAAGGAAUUGUUGAGGCAGUACUGUUCGCAGGAUAUGAAUAUGGACGGCGAUCCAGCUUGUGGUAAUGCGACCUCAGCACCUAUCACUCUACCUCCUGUCAAUCGUACGGUCAUAACGAUACCUAAAGCCGUUGCAUCGAUGACAAGUAUACCAACUAGAGAAGAUUAUAAAGCGGUUGUAGACGCGAACAUGGAAAAGAAACGAAGAAAAGAGAGGGGAAGCUUCUUUGAUGUGACAGACGAGGAAGGAAUCUCCGAUCGAAGACGUAGCGGAGGUAGUGGAGGUGGAAUGAUCUUUGGUGGCAAUGUUGAUCGUGGUAGAAGAGGCAGACAAGCAAAACCAUCCGUGACAACUAUGUCAACAUCAAGCAGUACGGCAUCAGGAGCAGCAGCCGCGGCUGCUGCAGUCGUAGCUGCUGCUGCAACAGCUACGACAGGUGCUACAGCAACGGGAGUGAUCGCACCCACGGCUGCAACGGUCGCAGUGUCGGCUACUGCUACAGCGGCGACGGCUACAACUGUACCGAACAACACGAACAACACCGGUCCACCGAAAUUGAAGAUCAAAAUAGGAAACAGUAUAAUCGGCCAAGAAAUGGGCAACGUGCAACAAGACGAUAGGACUAGAAUAAGGCCUCCUAAAAAACGAUUGAGCAGUAUUCCUAGUACACCAAGUAUAGAAGAGCUUCGCAGAGAGAGCAUGAAGUUCCGACGCAUGAUAAUGGCUGGUUUUGACAACGACGACGAGAAAACGAAAGUAAAGAGUAAGAAGGAUAAGAACGGUAAGAGAAAGAGACGACAGUCGAGUAAGAAGGAAGCUCGUGUUCAAAUCUUAGAGGGUGGAGCAGCAACGCCGAAAUUAAUAAUACGGUUAGGUAAGAGCAGUAGCAAUUCAUCGACAAAUGAACUUCGUGAACCUAGCAACGACGUCUCGAGCUUCCUCACUGCUGGUAUUGACGUAGCCGAACAAGCACGUAUGGAAUCGAAGAAUGCAGAUUACGAUGCUCGGAUUGGACCACCACCUGUGGAACCUUCUAAGGAGGAACUUGCUUAUCCUAUGGACAGUGUCAUCGAUGAUAAAAAACCGACGGAUUCUAAUACGAGUGCCACCGCCCUUAGGAACGUGCGUUCCGCUAAAGUUACACCUAUAAGAUUAAAAUUGACUCGUUGCCAGGAAGGUUAUGAACUUAAAGAUCCAGUGGCAAGUAGUAGUAGUAGUGCGAGUGACGAUAGUGCGCUGGUGAACUCGCUUUCAUUACCCUCCUCCGAGGAGUUGCCGUGUAGCGAUACUAGGAGCGGGAAACUCUCGGAUAAAAAAUCUUCCAAAGAGGACGAUAUUCCUUUGCUGUCCCAAAGCGCGACACACAAUUCGUCGGGAUGUCCACCUGCGCCGCUCCCACAAGGAUGCCAAGUUAGGUGAUAAUUAAUGAUAAUUGUAUAAAUACGAACUAAUGAAUGAUUACGUUAUAGGAAAAAUAUAUGUAUAUAUUAUAUAUAUAUUUAAAUGUAUAUAUAUAAUAUUCAUAUAUGUAUAUUAUUUGAUGUUAAGACAGAGACUCAUUAGAAAAGCUGUAAGUGUGUAAUAUAAAUUAUUAAUGUAUGUAAAUGAUCUGAGGGUGAAGUGAAAUGUCACAAAGUGCCCAAAUUCACCGUAAUUAAUUAACAUGUGCAUUUCAAACGUGAGCUGACUGCACUUCGCUAAGGUUUCUAUCGUUAAAUGCGCUUCCCUUUUUGGUUCGAUAACACGCGAGAAAUUAAGUUUUAAUGUGUACAUGUGUAAUUAACAAUAACGAUCGGUUACGUACUAUAAUUAUAGAUUGGAUGAUUUAAAAGAAAAAUCGAAUGUAAUAUAUUGUCUUUAAAUGUUUAAUUCAUCAAAGCUUUUCUUCGAUCGCUAUUAUUAUUAUUAUUAUUAUUAUUAUUAUUA